CGGGCUGUCCAGUAGAUCAGUAACUAUGUUGACCGCACUGGUUCUGUUGUGUCUCGGAGCCUUUCUUCUGUUCUUGCAGUUCAGAAUUCGGCGACCUAAAAAUUUCCCCCCUGGACCCACUCCUGUUCCAUUUUUUGGAAAUUUGCUACAAUUUGACCGCAUUAACCCGUUAAAGGACUUUGACAAGUUUGCUCAGCGCUAUGGAUCAAUCUACGCACUGUACAUUGGUAGGCAGCCAGCAGUGGUGUUGACAGGACAGAAAAUGAUCAGGGAGGCACUGAUCACACAAGCGGUGGAGUUUGCUGGCAGAGCAGAGAACAUGAUGGUCAGUCAUGUAACAAGGAGCAAAGGGGUGAUCAUGGCAGAUUACGGAGACAGCUGGCGGGAACAUCGACGCUUUGCUCUGACCACACUGAGGAACUUUGGCCUUGGAAAGAGAAGUAUGGAGCAGAGGAUUCUGGAGGAGGUCAAAUAUAUCUGUGCACACCUGGAGGAAUCUGCUGGAAAGUCAAUUGACCCUCAACAUCUGUACCACCAUGCUGCUUCAAACAUCAUUGCCUCGAUCAUUUUUGGGUCACGUUUCAAUUAUCAGGAUGAAUAUUUCCAGACAUUGAUCAUAACUAUGGAAAAACUUACUAAGAUUGCCAUUGGACCAUGGGCAAUGCUCUAUGAAUUAUCCCCAGUGUUAAGGAUUUUCCCACUGCCAUUCUGGAAAGCUUUUCACUAUUUUGAGACAAUCAGAAAACACAUUCUCAAAGUUGUGGAUGAGCACAGGAAGUCACAUGUUACUGGGGAGCCCAGAGACGUGAUUGACUGUUACUUGGAGGAGAUGGAGAAGAGAGCAGAUCAACGCACAACAUUUGAUUACUCACAAAUGGUCACUUUGCUGUUUGAUCUGUUUGCGGCUGGAACUGAUACAACCUCUAACACACUCCGAACUUUAACACUCUAUUUGAUGAAGUACACUCAUAUACAGGAGCAAUGUCAGCGGGAGAUUGAUGAAGUCCUUGGUACUCGUGAACAUGUCACAUAUGAGGACAGAAAUGCCAUGCCUUACGUACAAGCAGUGAUUCAUGAGGGUCAGCGUGUUGGUGACAUUGUUCCUCUUAGUAUGUUUCACACCGCCAGAACCGACACUCAGCUCCAGGGCUACAGCAUCCCAAAGGGAACAGUUAUCAUCCCCUAUCUGUCAUCUGCUCUCAGAGAGGAAAGUCAGUGGAAGUUUCCACAUGAAUUCAACCCUCAAAACUUCUUGAAUGAAAAGGGGGAGUUUGUGAAGCCUGAUGCAUUCUUGCCUUUUUCUGCUGGAUCUCGUGUGUGCUUAGGAGAAAAUCUAGCCCGCAUGGAGCUCUUCCUCAUCCUGGUCACAGUGCUGCGACGAUUCCGUCUGAUCUGGCCAAAGGAUGCAGGAGAGCCGGACUUCAAAUAUAUAUAUGGAGCGACACAGUCAGUGAAACCUUACCGUCUGACUGUACAACUACGCACACCUGGGGAGACUUGUGAAACUGUUCAUUGAACAUAAGUUGCCCUUCAGUGACAACAUGCCCCAGUAGCAGGUUAUCACAUCAUACUCUACUACAGGGUAAACUAUCCCAAUAGCACCUGCCAUUAAACUUUUUUUUUAGCUUUUCAAACGCAUUUAAACGCACAAUAUAUAAACAUGCAAAUGUAUAAACGCACAAGACAUUAAACCAACAAAUAUUCUAAGUUACUAAACUAUGUAAUUACAACAUAUAAAGCACACGUGACAACUUGCACUGACAUUUAUGAAAAAUACCUUUGUCCUAAGAUGUUAAACAGUGUGGUUUUAUUGUAUUUGCUUAUUUACCCAAUGCCUGCAGAAAAAAAAUAAAUUGUAAUUUUAAUGGUGUUUAAAGCAAUAUACAAAAAAAUAAACCAGUUACUGAGACUGUAGCUCUUGUGACAACUAGCCCCAGCCUCUUAUAGGCAUUAAAUGUGUUAAUAGUGAAACUUUGAUCACAAUGAUUGGCAGCUUUAUUGCAUUCAUCUUUUAACAAUUCUUCACAACUGUUCUAUUGUGCAAUCAUGACACUUCCAGUGGUAGUGUUUUAGUAUUUUUAUUUUGCUUUUAAAACGCACUUUAAUACCAUUAAAAAUGUCCCAAUUAUAAUAUUGUGUGCUGCUAGAAAGCUCGGCAUUCAUACUGAGUACGAUGUAAACUGACUACCAAAAGAAAAGAAAAGAAAAAUUAAAUUAUAUAUAAAAUUUAUGACAAAAUA